AUGAAUAUUAAGAUUGCCAUCAUUUUGGUGGCAGUGGCCACCCAAGUUAUAUGCGCGAAGGAUUCGAGCAAGGUAGGAAAGAGCUCGCAGAAUGUCGAAGCCGCGGAAUCAACGGAGAAGAAAACAGAAAAACGUGGACUCCAGCAUAGUUUCGGUGAUUUAGGCGGUGGCGGUGGCGAUCUACAUGGUGGCGGUGGUGAUUUAGGCGGUGGCGGUGGCAUUGGUUACGAUCAACAUGAGCAUGUGAAGACGGUGACGGUUGUAAAGAAAGUGCCAGUACCUUAUGAAGUAACGAAGCACGUACCCUAUCUGGUGGAGAAACACGUACCAUACGAAGUGAAGGUCGGCGUGCCACAGCCCUACACCGUCGAAAAGCAUGUGCCCUACCCUGUGAAGGUGUUCGUCAAAGUGCCGGUCCACGUGCCGCAGCCGUACACCGUCGAGAAGAAGGUGCCGUAUGAAGUGAAGGUGCCGGUGGAUAAGCCUUACGAAGUCAAGGUAUACGUGCCACAGCCCUACACCGUGGAAAAGCACAUACCAGUGCCGGUGAAGGUACCGGUACCACAGCCCUACACCGUCGAGAAGCACGUGCCUUUCCCUGUGAAGAUAAAGAUUCCGGUUCCGCAGCCGUAUCCUGUGGAGAAACCGGUGCCCUACGAGGUGAAGGUACCGGUGGACAAGCCGUAUCCAGUCCCUGUGCCGAAACCGUAUCCGGUCACCGUCGAAAAACCGUAUCCGGUGCCAGUCGAAAAGCCGAUACCGUACGAAGUGAAGGUGCCAGUCGACAAACCGUACCCGGUGCCAGUGGAAAAACCAUAUCCGGUGCCAGUGAAGGUGCCGGUUCCGCAACCGUACCAUGUUCACAAACCGAUACCGGUGCCGGUAGAAAAGCCGAUUCCAGUGCCGAUCAAAGUGCCGGUUGACAAACCGUAUAUCGUCGAAAAGGAGGUUCCGGUUCCGGUCGAGAAAGAAAUACCGGUGCCAGUUAAAGUUCCGGUGCACAUACCGAUUCACAUACCGAAGCAUGAUCACGGUGAUCUGGGCGGCUACGGCGGUGGAGGCGGAUAUGGUGGCGGUGGAGGCGGAUAUGGUGGCGGAUAUGGUGGCGGUUACGGCGAUGGAGGUGACUUCCACGGUGGCGGUGGUGGAGGUGAUUUCCACGGUGGCGGCGGCGGCGGAGGUUACGAAUCGAUUCAUGGCUGA